GUGGUGCUGGCUAGAGUGCAUGCUUUUGGAUCCAAGGUUAACUUUUCAAAUGUGGAAUCCUCGGCCUUCAUUGGUUGUUGGAAGAAGCUGACCACCUGAAAGGAAGUUCCUAAACAUGAAAAUUGCUUUGAGGUGACCGACAAGCCCAGCGGCCCCUUGCCCCUCCCAAGCUGGAUCUGGGCUUUAAGAACUGUAACUUCAGGCCACAAUCAUGACCACGGUGUGGUGCUAGCAUGGAAACGAGUAGAUCAGAGGAACAGAGGAAAAAGUCCAGAAAUAAAUAGACCUGAACUUGGCAUUUCAGAUGGUCGGUAACAGGAUGAACAGAUGAGGGCACUUGGGCCCAGAGGGUGGGAGUGACAGCUCUGACACAUCACGGAGCUCAGCCCCUGAUCACGGAUAGUGCCCGGACCUUUUCAGCUGGCUUUGGAGUUGGAGUCCCUUGCCAGGGCGGCCAAUGGCGGACCAGAGAAUGGACAUUUCAUCCACAAUCAGUGAUUUCAUGUCCCCGGGCCCCACCGACCUGCUCUCCAGCUCCCUUGGCCCCAGCGGCGUGGAUUGCAACCGCAAACGGAAAGGCAGCUCCACCGACUACCAACUUGAUGACUUUUCUUUUGAAGAAAACAUGGACACAGACAGAGAUGACCCUCACGGAAGGUUAGAAUAUACGGAGCACCAAGGAAGGAUCAAAAAUGCAAGGGAAGCUCACAGUCAGAUUGAAAAGAGGCGUCGGGAUAAGAUGAACAGUUUUAUUGAUGAAUUGGCUUCUUUGGUGCCAACAUGUAACGCGAUGUCCAGGAAAUUAGAUAAACUCACUGUGCUAAGGAUGGCCGUUCAGCACAUGAAAACGUUAAGAGGUGCCACCAAUCCAUACACGGAAGCGAACUACAAACCAACUUUUCUGUCGGAUGAUGAACUGAAACACCUCAUUCUCAGGGCAGCAGAUGGAUUUUUGUUUGUCGUAGGAUGUGACCGAGGGAAGAUACUCUUUGUCUCAGAGUCUGUCUUCAAGAUCCUCAACUACAGCCAGAAUGAUCUGAUUGGUCAGAGUUUGUUUGACUACCUGCAUCCUAAAGAUAUCGCCAAAGUCAAGGAGCAACUCUCUUCCUCCGACACUGCACCCCGGGAACGGCUUAUAGAUGCAAAAACUGGACUUCCAGUUAAAACAGAUAUAACCCCUGGGCCAUCUCGAUUAUGUUCUGGAGCACGGCGUUCUUUCUUCUGUAGGAUGAAGUGUAACAGGCCUUCGGUAAAGGUUGAAGACAAGGACUUCCCCUCCACCUGCUCAAAGAAAAAAGCAGAUCGAAAAAGCUUCUGCACAAUCCACAGCACAGGCUAUUUAAAGAGCUGGCCGCCCACAAAGAUGGGGCUGGAUGAAGACAACGAACCGGACAACGAGGGGUGUAACCUCAGCUGCCUUGUUGCAAUUGGACGACUGCAUUCUCACGUGGUUCCACAGCCAGUGAAUGGGGAGAUCAGGGUGAAAUCUAUGGAGUACGUGUCUCGGCACGCAAUAGAUGGGAAGUUUGUUUUUGUAGACCAGAGGGCAACAGCUAUUUUAGCAUAUUUACCACAAGAACUGCUAGGCACGUCAUGUUACGAGUAUUUUCACCAAGACGACAUAGGACAUCUCGCAGAAUGUCACAGGCAAGUUUUACAGACCAGAGAAAAGAUUACAACUAAUUGCUAUAAGUUUAAAAUCAAAGACGGUUCCUUCAUCACACUACGGAGUCGAUGGUUCAGUUUCAUGAACCCCUGGACCAAGGAAGUAGAAUACAUCGUCUCUACCAACACUGUUGUUUUAGCCAACGUCCUGGAAGGCGGGGACCCAACCUUCCCGCAGCUCACAGCGUCCCCCCACAGCAUGGACAGCAUACUGCCCUCUGGAGAAGAUUCCUUUGUUGUAGGUGGCCCAAAGAGGACUCAUCCCACCGUUCCAGGGAUUCCAGGGGGAACCAGGGCUGGGGCAGGAAAAAUAGGCCGGAUGAUUGCCGAGGAAAUCAUGGAAAUCCACAGGAUAAGAGGGUCAUCGCCUUCCAGCUGUGGCUCCAGCCCAUUGAACAUCACAAGUACGCCUCCCCCUGAUGUCUCUUCCCCGGGAGGCAAGAAGAUUUUAAAUGGAGGGACUCCAGACAUUCCUUCCAGUGGCCUACUACCAGGGCAGGCUCAGGAGAACCCAGGAUAUCCAUAUUCGGAUAGUUCUUCUAUUCUUGGUGAGAAUCCCCACAUAGGCAUAGACAUGAUAGACAAUGACCAAGGAUCAAGUAGUCCCAGUAACGAUGAAGCAGCGAUGGCUGUCAUCAUGAGCCUCCUGGAAGCAGAUGCUGGGCUGGGUGGCCCUGUUGACUUUAGUGACUUGCCUUGGCCGCUGUAAACACUAUAUGUUGCUUUGGCGACAGCUACAGUAUCAAAGUGCAUUACUGGUGGAGUUUUACAGUCUGUGAAGCUUACUGGAUAAGGAGAGAACAGCUUUUAUGUACUGAUUUCAUAAGAGCCAUCUCAGAGCCAUUGAUACAAGUCAAUCUUAUUAUGUGUAACUUCAGACAAAGUGGAACUAAGCCUGCUACAGUGUUCCUUCAUCAUUGAUUAUUGGGCUAGCUGUGGAUAGCUUGCAUUAAUUGUAUAUUUUGGAUUCUGUUUGUGUUGAAUUUUUUAAUCAUUGUGCACAGAAGCAUCAUUGGUAGCUUUUAUAUGCAAAUGGUCAUUUCAGAUGUAUGGUGUUUUUACACUACAAAGAAGUCCCCCAUGUGGAUAUUUCUUAUACUAAUUGUAUCAUAAAGCUGUUUAUUCUUCCUUGUAAGAAUCCUUUACUAUAAAUAUGGGUUAAAGUAUAAUGUAUUAGACAGUUAAAUAUUUUUAAUAAAUGUUUCCCUUGUUCUAUAAACACUGUUCUCAUUCCAAAUAAUUAGAAAAACAUUCUACAUGCCACAGACUGGAUCAAUUUCUACAGUGGUGUUUAAAGACAGUCCAUGCCAAUAGCAUUUGCAGUGCCUUUCUGUCCUUUGUAACAGCUCUGUGACUUGCAUAAUUUCCACAUGCUAUUGGCUUAGCUUUGUUACAAAUAACUUCUGUAUGGUUGCAAUUUCAAUGUAUGUGAAAACAAAGAUGUUACUGCUUACAUACCAAUUUCAGACCCUCAAGAUUAGAUGUAACAAAUGCUUCCCUUACUGCUCUCCCUUUCUACUACUUCUUGUACUUGGCUUCAAACAUGAAGUGACCCCAGACCCAAAGCACCUAAAGUUGAUUCCUUUUUGAAUUGGGCCACUGAAUAUUUGAAAUAGAAUCUGCAUGAAUAAUUCGCUAAGUAGAACAGCAUGGUAAAAGCACUGACCUAGUGUCACAAACUGGCUCUGAAACACAGGGUACUAUGUGACCUAGUAAACUCAUUUUGCCCUGCAUACCAGGGUGACCUAUAAAAUUCUCUUUUUGGCUCUAAUAGUGUCUUGAAUUUGUAGUACAUUUUAUAAUUAGGAGGGAAUUUAAGUGCCUUAUCACACAUAUACCAAAUUAUAUUUCCUUAAGCUACCAUUUGAUUGUUAGUUAUACUUACAUGAACAAGACAGGAAAUCUGCUAAUUAUGAGACUAAAAAUCUGGUCCAGGGGAUUAUAAAGUUGGUCAGAAACAUUAAAACAAUGGAAUUUUAUUUGGAUGAAAAACUCGAGUUUACAAUCAUUUAGUAAAUGAAGAGCAAACACUUCAUUUUCCUAUCCCAUAACUCUUAAGAAAAAAAGCAUUAGUAAAUAAAUAUCUGUGAAAAGAUUAAGGGUAAGGCAGACUGGAUAAUAAACCACCUCUGAUGUUCACACUCUGCAUGUGACUCACUCUGCAAGGGUGAAAUGGCACUGGAGAUAAGUGAACUGGUAAGAUACGGGCACUGCCUCUCAUCCUACUCAUUCAGAUAAGCCC